AUGGCCAAAAAAUGUGAGGGACAUGCAGUGGGAAUAGAUCUUGGAACAACAUAUUCUUGUGUUGCAGUGUGGCAGCAACAACAUUCUCGAGCUGAGAUCAUACCCAAUGACCAAGGCAACAGGACAACUCCUUCUUACGUUGCUUUCACUCAUAAUCAAAGGUUGAUUGGUGAUGCUGCUAAGAACCAAGCUGCCAUCAACUCCACCAACACUGUCUUUGGGAUGAAGUUGAAGCUGAAGUCAAUAAAAGUGAGGUUCUUGAGUUCACAAAUGAAGGUUGGUAUGGCUUGUGUGAUGUUGGAAUUGGAGAGAGUGAGUGAAAUGACAGAAUUGCCAUUGGUGGUGCAGUUUAUUUCAGGCCAAGAACAGUGGUUGUUAUUGGAAGUUGAUGAUUGCUGUGUCCAGUGGCUUAAAAAUGGUGGGUUUCGAAGGAAGAAACGAAGAAAGAAGAUGAAGAACAUAUGA